ACUAUUUCACAGUCCAAUCUUCAUAUCCGACAUGAUAAACACGUGAAAUAUUUUGAUCAAAGCUGAAACAAAAAGCCAAAUAGAGUGGUAUGCACAUUAACUGGAAGCAUCCCUUGUUAUUGACUCUUUUAAUCGGAGUGCCAGCAUCACACCUCAGCAUUUCAGGAUACAGAUAUUUCACAAAUAAAAGUGAAACAGAGACAGAGGAAAAAAAUAGAAAGUUAGAACAGAUAUACCAGGAGAAAUUAAAGGAACGGAACGUUAACAAGAAAGAUAACUAAUCAACAAGAGAUCUAGACAGCAGUACAACUACCACAGAAAAAAAAAUGCCGAAAGCUCCUAAAACUAAGAUUGGAAAAGAGAAAGCUGAAAAAGUGGUCCACCCUAACAGCAGAAAAGCUGCAUUUUUGUCACGGCAAGCCAACCGUGAGGAACGGUUACGGACUUCUAAGCAGGCAUCAUCCAUAAAAUUAGAGGUCCUUGCAGAAAAAUUACUCUGGUUCAAAGAAAGACUUGACCCUGAAAAAAAGGUUUUUACAAAAUCAGACUUGGAGCCUCUUGUCAGUGAAUAUCUGCAGCGAUUUGAUUCUGAACUGGAGCAGAUAGACAUUAUGAGGAGCGUAGGAAAAAGACAGGGGAAUCCCCACAGUGCCAGAGAGAACGCGAUAAAGGUGACCACUGAACGAGAGAGGAGGCAGGUAGAGGAGGGGUCCUUCGAAGUGCCACACGUAUUUAAUGCCAAAAACUUAGCUUUCUUCAGGGCCUGGAAUGGAGAAAUUAAAUAUGUCAAGAAUAUUAAACUAAGUAAAAUAAGUUCCAAGGACUUAGAGAGAGAAAACACUGAAGAAGAUACACAGAAGAAUGAAGAAAUGGAAGAGGAGGGGGAUAAUACAGAGGAAAUCUCAUAAACUCAGAAUGUGUGAUUGUAAAACUAUUUUAUUUUGUUAAUGGUUUGUAACUUUAAGGCAAUGCUGUCAGUUUUUACUGUUUAAAGAGUACUUAAUGAACUAUAUUUCUCUUGGUGUCCGGUACAUCUCUUUAACCUCCAAUUAAAAUCAUUGGAAGUGAC